AUGGCUUUCUUACGUCCUGUUGAAGUCAAACUUGUUCCCAUGUCCUUGGAAGGCAUUGCCUUUAGGACUAAAGUCCUUGACACAGAUGAACUCAUGAACUAUACUAGCUUGAUUGCAACUAUUUCACAGAUUUUAGUGACUAUUUCACAGAUUUUAGUGGUAGUAUUCCCACAUGGUUGUACUCAGAACUAUCAAGCUAUUUCUCUUGGGUUUGAUUCUUCAAGUACUAAGAACAUAAUUGAUGCUUGUACUAAACUUAGUGUGAAGAGGCUUAUCUAUACAAGUUCUCCUAGUGUGGUUUUCGAUGGGAUACAUGGAAUACAUAAUGGAGAAGAAUCAUUGCCAUACAAGUCCAGAUGCUUAAUGGGUUUAGUGCUUAAUCCAGAAAGCUACAUAUAG